GCAGAAAAGGCUAUUCUUUCAUUCAAUAGUAACAACUUGUGACAUAGCUCACGACUCUUUAAUUUUUUAUGCCAUAUUGAUCGAUAAUCUAGUGGUUGUGAAUUUACUUUAAACUAUAUAUUUCCUGGUUAUAAUUACUUAUCUGCCGAUUUUGUUUUUAUUUAUCGAACUUAUCGUCAUAGAGUAGGCUUUCUUUUCCAAUAAUGUUUCACGGAAGAUACAUUCGAUUGUUCUUUUUCUUUGUGUUUUGUUUGGUUCUAUCUGAGAACGUGAAGGGAGAUCAGAUCUUGAAGGAGUUUACCGACUGGCUUGAAGCACAUGGUAGCAAGUGCCGUUGUCAUUUUAUCCUUGAUAAUAGGCCCGAAGGAGCGAAGACGAUGGUUAUGGCUGACCGUAGAAUCCACGAUCGCGAGUCUAUUUUUAUGGUGCCCGAAUCGAUAAUUGUCACACCAGCGAUUGUCGAGAGGUCAUCAUUGGGCCCUAGUCUUGAUAUGGUGUCAUUAAUUGAGGAGAGAAUAUCCAAGGAGUCUGACAUGACGCGCCAGGCAGUCAUGCGAGUUGCAAUGCUGACAUUGUAUGUGUUAUAUGGAAUACAGACCAAGGACCAGGAGUGGACGCCGUACUUUAAUUUGCUGAUGCGUAAUUCUAGGUGUGAUUUGCUAUGGCAGUGGACUGACAAAGAGUUAGAAGAGCUUCAAAGUGCAGCAUUAAAGAAUAGGGCACAGAAAUGGGGACUCGAGGUCAAGAUGCUGGUUUCCAACAUUAUUCCAAAGCUGGAGCAGGGUGGCAUGUUUCCUGAUGGGCUAACAACGGAUCAACUGCAAAACGCCAUGUGUGUGAUUCAGUCACGGAGUUUUAAUAUCACAGAUGCCAAAGGCUCGCAGACCAGGGCACUAAUUCCUGGACGAGACCUUUUUCCUUACGACCCAACAGUACCGAGCACCUGGUGGUCCAAGACCGGAGCCUUGAGGUACCGUUAUGCAAAUAAAGAAAUUGAGCACGGUGACGCUAUUUACAACAACCUGAGCCCGGCAGGCGACUCCACCCAAGUCCUCAUGGAUCACGGCGUGUUCUCCACAAAGGGCAGCAAAUUUGUCACCAAUCUUCCGCGUCAUGGUAUGAUCGCGACGCGAGAGCUUGCAGAGAGACUAAGCAUCAAACACAAGAUAAGGUACUCGGAUCGAUUCACGUUCAAGUCAGUCGCACUGCCUUACUUCCGUCUCGAAAGUCUGACGGGUCAAGAGGCUAGAGAGUUACUGGAUAUAAUAAGGAAAGACGAGACCUCACUCGCAGCCGCCAAGAUUGCUAUUAAAAGUCCCAUGCUAUACCACAAGUCCCACAAAUACUUCUCAUGUAAAUCGGAGGUGGUUGCACUCAACACACUUUCGGUUCAUCUGAGCGAGGAGCUCAGGGGAAUGCCGACGAGUAUUACAGACGACGAAGCCUUUCUUAAGAAAGGCAAGCAGUCACGUCGGGCUAGCAUAGCAACGGCUUACAGACUGCGUUUCAAAAAGCUUGUUACGCAUGCGCUGGAUGUCACUAGCGCAAGCGCAGUGGAGACUAAACGUAAAUGCCUGAGCGGCGAUGAGCUCUGAUUGGUACGCCAUUACGCUACAGGAUCUCAACAGCAUCACGUGACUGAUUGUGCCGCGCCCACAUGACUGCAAUGUCCAAUUACGUGCCACGAUCUGCGCACAACCACAGCGUCACUGGAGCAAUCACCACGUGCUUUGCAUUAAGUAAUCGCAUUCUCACCAGUUUACUUCCGGUCGACUACGUAACAAUCUCCGAUGAUUUUUAACGGAAAACUCAAAAAAUAUUUCAAAAUAUUGAGAGCAGUGUGUCUAUUGGAACUUUCUUUGAGGGUAUGAUUGUUAAUUUAGAGCGGAUGGCCUGUAAAAUAUCUUGUAUUCUAAUAGAUUCUUUUGUCUUUUAACGUUUGAGGUUUUCGUCGGACCUCCGGAAGUAAACUGGUGACAAUGCGGCUUUAAAGAGAUGUUCUAUUUAUUAUUACUGGAGCUGUGCUAUUUAUUAUUACUAGAGCUGUACUAAUUUAUUGAUUAAAAUUACCUCAAUGAG